GCGGCGCGGCGGGAGCCGGCCCCUUGGCGGCGGCCGUGAGGGGGAGCGCUGCCCGGCGGGCGCGGGGAGGAAGCCGCGACCAGCUGCAGCCGACAUGGAGGAGCGGUCCCCUCCCGGCGGGGGCCCGGCGUCCCCCUCCCGGGUCUGAGCGAGCGGCCGCCCGCCCCCCGCCUCGGCAGGGCUGCGGGAGCGGGGCCAGCGGCGGGCGGCAGCCCCGGCCCUGCCCGGCCGGCGGAGGCGUGUGAGGCGAGGGGAAUAUGUGGGGCUGCCCGCGCCCCAGCGCCCUGUGUGCCCAGCUCGGCGAGCGGCGGAGCGCCGAGGCGCUGCCCGGCCGCCCCUCCGCGCAGGCUGCGGUGGCGGCGGGAGGAGACUAGAGGCGACUGUCCGAGGAGCCCGGUGGCUUUCCCAGCCCGAGAGACCCAACUCCUGAGCGGGCUCUUCGGGAGGAAUUGACAACAUGGCUUCCCCACCGCACCAGCAGCUGCUGCAUCACCACAGCACCGAGGUGAGCUGCGACUCCAGCGGGGACAGCAACAGCGUGACGGUGAAAAUCAACCCCAAGCAGCACCAGGGCUGCUCCUCUUCCAAGCACUGCAAGUACAGCAUCUCCUCCAGCUGCAGUUCGGGGGAGUCGGGGGGCACCCGCCGAGCCGUCGGAGGUGGCGGCAGCGGCCCCAGCCUCCGCCGGCAGAAGAAGCUGCCGCAGCUCUUCGAGAGGGCCUCUUCCAAGUGGUGGAAUCCCAAGUUUGACUCCAACAACCUGGAGGAGGCUUGCAUGGAGAGAUGCUUCCCGCAGACCCAGCGCAGGUUUCGCUAUGCCCUCUUCUACAUUGGCGUGGCCUGCCUUCUCUGGGGCAUCUACUUUGGCAUACACAUGAGAGAGAAACAGAUUGUUUUCAUGGUGCCAGCUCUGUGCUUCCUCUUGGUAUGUGUAGCGUUUUUUGUGUUCACUUUCACUAAGACUUACGCCCAGCAUUACGUAUGGACUUCGCUGAUACUCACCCUCCUGGUUUUUGCUUUGACUCUCGCUCCGCAGUUCCAGGCUCUGAAGCCUAUCUCAGGAAGCGGUGACAUGUCCAAUCAGACUCACCCGGCAGAUCCCACAGACACUUGUCUUUCUCAAGUAGGCAGUUUUUCUAUGUGUAUUGAAGUGCUCUUGUUGCUUUACACGGUGAUGCACUUACCCUUGUAUUUAAGCUUGUUUCUGGGACUGUCGUACUCGGUCCUCUUCGAGACCUUUGGUUACCGCUUCCGCGAUGAGAACUGUUUUACACCUCUUGGAGCCGGUGUAGUUUACUGGGAGCUGUUGAGCAAAGCCUUCCUGCACAUAUGCAUCCAUGCCAUCGGUAUUCAUUUAUUUAUCAUGUCCGAGGUCAGAUCAAGAAGCACAUUCCUGAAAGUGGGGCAGUCCAUCAUGCAUGGAAAAGACUUGGAAGUGGAAAAAGCCCUGAAAGAGCGGAUGAUUCAUUCUGUUAUGCCAAGAAUAAUAGCCGAUGACUUAAUGAAGCAGGGGGAUGACGAAAGUGAAAACUCCAUCAAACGUCAUUCCACUUCAAGCCCCAAAAACAGGAAGAAGAAGCCCUCCAUACAGAAAACCCCCAUAAUAUUCCGUCCUUUUAAAAUGCAACAGAUAGAGCAAGUGAGCAUUUUGUUCGCAGAUAUUGUUGGCUUCACGAAAAUGAGUGCCAAUAAAUCUGCCCAUGCUCUGGUGGGACUCCUGAACGACCUCUUUGGACGUUUCGAUCGUCUGUGUGAGGACACUAAAUGCGAGAAAAUAAGCACUUUGGGAGACUGUUACUACUGCGUAGCUGGCUGCCCAGAGCCCCGGGCAGAUCACGCUUACUGCUGCAUCGAGAUGGGCUUAGGUAUGAUUAAAGCCAUUGAGCAGUUUUGCCAAGAGAAGAAAGAAAUGGUGAACAUGAGAGUCGGUGUUCAUACCGGGACGGUCCUGUGUGGCAUUUUGGGAAUGAGGAGAUUCAAGUUCGACGUGUGGUCCAACGAUGUCAAUUUGGCCAAUCUGAUGGAGCAGCUGGGGGUGGCUGGCAAAGUCCACAUUUCAGAAGCUACUGCGAAAUAUUUGGAUGAUCGUUAUGAAAUGGAGGAUGGAAAGGUGAUCGAGCGAGUCGGUCAGAGCGUGGUAGCUGACCAGUUAAAAGGUUUGAAGACCUAUCUGAUCUCUGGUCAGAAGGUGAAGGAGCCCCACUGCAGCUGUUCCCAAGCAUUGCUUCCUGGCUUGGAGUCCGGAGAUGGAGCCAGGAUCCAGGGAGCAUCAUCAGCCGAGAACGCCAGUGACUUGACAAAGACUCUCAAACAUGCAGAAAAGCCGAAGCCUUGCCCUUCAUGUAGUACCACCCUUGCUCCCCACUGUGAUGUCAGCAUAGACGAAGGAGCUAUCCAAAAUGGUUGUCAGGAUGAGCAUAAAAACAGUACGAAGGCUCCAGGAGGGCACAGUCCAAAGACUCAAAACGGCCUUUUGAGUCCUCCACAGGAAGAAAAGCUCAGCAAUAGUCAAACCUCGCUUUAUGAAAUGUUGCAAGAGAAAGGAAGAUGGGGCGGAGUGAGUCUGGAUCAAUCGGCUCUCCUUCCUUUGAGGUUCAAAAACAUCAGAGAAAAGACAGAUGCUCACUUUGUGGAUGUGAUUAAAGAAGACAGCCUCAUGAAAGACUACUUCUUUAAACCGCCUAUUAACAAGCUGAGCCUGAACUUCUUGGAUCAGGAUUUGGAGAUGGCCUACAGGACGAGCUAUCAGGAAGAGGUUAUAAGGAAUGCUCCGGUGAAGACAUUUGCCAGCGCUACCUUCAGCUCGCUCCUGGAUGUGUUCCUCUCCACCACAGUCUUCCUCAUCCUGUCUAUCACGUGUUUCCUGAAACAUGGGAUGGUCGCAUCCCCUCCACCACCCGCAGCAGUCGUGGUGUUCGUCAUCGCCAUCCUGCUAGAGGUGCUGUCCCUUGUCGUCUCAAUUAGAAUGGCGUUCUUUCUGGAGGAGGUGAUGACUUGCACCAAGCGUCUCCUGGAGGUGAUAUCUGGCUGGCUGCCUCGACACUUUUUCGGUGCAAUCCUGGUUUCUCUCCCAGCUCUUGCAGUUUUUUCACACUUCACCUCUGAUUUUGAAACAAAUAUACAUUACACCAUGUUUAUGUGUUGCGCGAUUCUGAUCACCAUUGUGCAGUACUGUAACUUCUGCCAGCUUAGCUCCUGGAUGCGAUCUCUGUUGGCAACCGUAGUAGGAGCAGUGCUUCUCAUUCUGCUCUACGUCUCCUUGUGUCCAGACAGUUCUGUGGAAACUUUUCAUCUAGAUUUGGCACAGAACUUUAGCUCCAGAAGAAGUCCGUGCAACAGUUCGGUGCCAAAUGACAUGAAGAGGCCAGCAGACCUGAUCGGUCAGGAAGUGAUUUUGGUUUCCUUCCUUCUACUCCUCCUGGUCUGGUUUCUGAAUCGAGAGUUUGAAGUCAGUUACCGCCUCCACUACCAUGGAGACGUGGAGGCCGAUCUUCACCGCACCAAAAUUCAGAGCAUGAGGGAUCAAGCUGACUGGUUGCUGCGGAAUAUUAUUCCCUACCACGUGGCCGAGCAGUUGAAGGUUUCCCAGAGCUAUUCCAAAAACCACGACAGCGGCGGAGUGAUCUUUGCAAGUAUUGUGAACUUCAGCGAGUUCUAUGAAGAGAACUACGAAGGAGGCAAAGAGUGCUACCGAGUCCUGAAUGAAUUGAUUGGGGAUUUUGAUGAGCUGCUGAGCAAACCGCAUUACAGCAGCAUUGAGAAAAUCAAAACGAUUGGGGCAACCUACAUGGCCGCUUCAGGACUGAACACCUCGCAGUGUCAGGACAACAACCAUCCCCACGGACAUUUGCAGACCCUUUUUGAAUUUGCCAAAGAAAUGAUGCGAGUGGUGGAUGACUUCAACAACAACAUGCUGUGGUUUAAUUUUAAACUUAGGAUUGGCUUUAACCACGGCCCCCUCACCGCUGGGGUCAUCGGCACCACCAAGUUGUUGUACGACAUUUGGGGUGACACUGUGAACAUUGCUAGCAGAAUGGACACCACUGGCGUCGAGUGUCGUAUACAGGUGAGUGAGGAGAGCUACCGCAUCCUAAACAAGAUGGGGUAUGACUUUGACUAUAGGGGGACGGUCAAUGUGAAGGGGAAAGGUCAGAUGAAGACCUACCUUUACCCAAAAUGCAUGGACAAUGGGAUCGUGCCCCAUCACCAGUUGUCCAUAUCUCCAGACAUUCGGGUUCAAGUGGAUGGCAGCAUUGGGCGAUCUCCGACGGAUGAGAUCGCCAACCUGGUGCCUUCUGUACAGAAUUCUGAUAAGAUAGCCCACGGCACAGAUAACUCGGAAACCAAGGACAUCCUUCCUUCCACCAAGAAGCUCCAGAAAGACACGGUGAGGGCAGAGGAGAGGUGCAGGUUUGGCAAAGCCACGGAGAAGACUGACUGUGAGGAAGUGGGAACUGAGGAGGUCAAUGAACUGACAAAGCUAAAUAUCUCUAAGAGUGUAUGAUGCACUGUCGGAGUUGCAUGACGUGCUCUGUCAAUAGAAACACAAAGACAUUUGCAAUUGGCAGUUUUCUUUUUCGAGAGAGACCUUCUCAACACCUGGGUUGUACGUUUGUUUUCAUUUUGGCGCCUGAUGCUGUGUGGAUCACAGCUCUUCAGGGCUUGUUUUCAUCCAUCUCUCUCCUCCGUGCCCCAAAUCACAUCCCAAGCUCCCCAGCUCCCCGUGCAACCAUCUUACAGCUGAGUAGAGGAUAUUAAGUGCCUUCAGAUAUACUCCAUUGGACUCCCUGUCAAGGUACAGAGGCCCCAAGUGAAAUCAUAGCUUUGGGUAUUUAUCUAAUUUUAAAGAAAAGAAAAGCUGUGGUUAUAUCAUUUUUAUUGUUGUUUCUCACAAAACACUUUUUUUGGCUAAUGCAACUCCUUGGGUUUUUUAUAUCUCUCUGAACAAUGUUUUACUGUUAUCAGACCUUUUGUAUGUAAACACACAGACAAAUGUGCAUGUAUCUACCAUAUGAGACUGACAUAAAGUGCCAGUAACGUACCACAAAAGAGUGUCUUGGCGAGGGGGUGACACAAUUUGACUUUGUGUUGGGCUGGAGGAGGAGUUCUGCAGUGGCUCGACAUUUAGUUAGAGUAGGCUGAACAACCGCUCUAGUUUUAUUCUCCUUUUACCGAUGCUUUCUUCAACCUUAACGUGCCGUUGUGUCCUUUGGAUAAACUUCUUUUCCAUAUAGCCAAUGAGUUACUGAUCUGUGGGAGUGGAAUAAGGGUUCGGACUUCACCAGCUCUCAGGACAGGUUUCCAGAAGCAGAUGAGUGACCGUGAGAGUGUUACAAUUCAGGUCCUAACGAGUCUAAAGCAGUUUUGUGUUAAUCCGUACCCUAGCUGCAUUUGCGAAGGUAGGUGAAGUUGGUAUCCCUAAGCUGGUCUGAUUUGAGAGAGAGAGGAAAAAAAAAAAGCAAAAUAAAUGUUUGGGGAAUGCCGUUUAUUUAUUUAUUUAUUUAAGUCCUGUUUUUAUUUUGUUUGGAGGUUUUUGUGUGCUUGUGCGGAAGGGAUCAGGAGAGAUGAAUUGUUAAUUGGGUUAAGAAGAGUAAUAAGACGGUGUUUCAGCCUCUCUGAACUACCAACCACUGUGAGGAUGUUACCUAGGCAAUAUUUGUUUAAAAGCUGGUGAAACUUCCGAAGCCACCAAACGCAAUUGAGUACCCCAGCUUUCCCUCUGUACUGAAUCAAUGGUGCUGCACAAUAUUUUUCAGGAUUUCCCCCCCACCCCCCCCGCCCUACACUGUGCUUUUGCAGCAGGGAAUAGAACAGCAUGCUCCCUGCGUGCCGCUGAAAGCAGGAAUAGGGAAAAGAGUCCUUUCUAGUGAGCUGAGAAGCACAAUAAUUUCCUGGUCCUGCAGAUGAGACUCUGCAGGUCCCUGGGACCGGAGACCUGCGGGAGCAGAGGAACCUGCUUGCACAGAGGGAACUGCAGGAUGGGGCCUUAAAACUGCACCAGUUUGCCCUCGGCAUGCUUCCAUCACCUCCUUCGCUUAUGUUCGAUGCCCUGCUUUGGGUAAUAUUAAUUAUUCAACUAUUCCAGUUCAGCUAACUCCUGCAACACCAAAUAAAAUGGAAGAAUUUUUAUGUCCGAAAUAAGUUCGUUAGCCAGGGAAGAGCUGGUGAAACGCGAUGCUGUGCUUUCUGUGUAUUGGUGUGGGUUUUAAUUCUUUCUUUCCAUCUGAACUCAAGUCACAUUAUAUCGAUAUUUCUUUUUAUUCCCUAUGUGAGUUUUGGAGUUCGAGUAAUAAAUACAUACAUUGUAAAGUUCCUAUUCAGCUAUUUGAGGUCCAUCUGCCCUCCACAGCCAGCGCAGAGCCCUUGAAGCCUUUGUCAAACGCAAAUCUGCGAGAUUUCCCAUCUCGGUUAGUUAAAUAAGACUCUGCACACUGUUCUCGCAAAAGCUGCUGUUUAUGCACCUCUAGAUUGCCUUUGAUAUGAAAGCUAUUCAAAAUGAAUCUUACUUGCUCGAUCUGCCAGCACACAAAAAAAAAUAGGGGAUACUUGUCCCCAUACCCUUGUGUCACAGAUAAAAACAUAGUUUUUAUUAGUGCACAGUUCUACAGCAGCCUUCCUUCUCCAUCGAUUAAAACUAGCCCCGUUCCGCCCCCUCCCCGUAGUGGGUUGCACUUCCAGCUUUCAGGUAGUAUAACUCUGCAAAUACCUCUUGCAUCCGAAGAAUGUAUUCUUGAAACCAUUUUUAGGGUUCUCAUUUCAGUUAAGCCUGUGUCAGUAUUUCUUUUCUUACAACAGAGGUGUUAACGUGUCCAGAAUUGUUUACAUGCCUUCUAGUGUUAUAUUAGCGUCUCAAAGUCGUUCAAACCUUUCUCCCUUUCACUUCUUUCUCCCGAUUUUAUAGAUGACUCUAUCCAGUAUUUCUGUCUCCUUGAUCGGCUGUUGGCAAAGCCAGAGUUCGGUCGAGAUGUGCCGGCUUCUCUCUCGCGUAAGACACUGCACGAUAACCAAACCCCCACCAGCAAGAGAGGUUUGCACCCCGUGAUUAAACCUGCUGAAGCAGGGCCCCGGACCCACAGCGCCUGCCGCCUUGUUGUCCAAGCAAUGCGCUGCAGAAUACAAAAGCCCGUAAAGUAAAUAGCGCUCCCGUGCUGUCGUGGUAUGGUGCUGCGGGAGCAUCGCUGGUUUUCUGGUAACAUUAGAAUAUCCCAAAAAAUACCAGGGCCUCUUUUUUUGUUGCCACUAAGCAAAUAAAAUGCCCGAGGACAGAAGUAUUAGCGGACUCUGAAAUCGAGGGCUGUUGUCUGCUGUGGGAACUGCCGGCGACGUUACUCUGCCUUAACUCUGAAGCUGGGAAAAGAGUCGUAAGAAGUUGCGUAACUCAUGGUACCCGUUUGCUUAUUGCCACCAGAACGGCAGCAAGCGCGCGACAACUGAGACUGCAGGUCUUCUUCCUGAAGUUUUAAAUCUUCUCUUUAGUGCGGCAUAGGAACAAAAUCGAGGAGCUAAGCUCUCGGUUCGGUUUUGGAUAGCGAGAUUUUCCCAGGCACGAGGAGCAAGGAGAUACCUGUUUUCUAUCGUAAAACAGUGGGAGCCGAACCUUUGCACCUUCCCUUUACGCCUUUGAAAAGAUGUCCCGAUAUUCGCAAAAAUUACGCUGGAGGCGUUUUUAAUGGCAUCGUGUGGUUCUGCGUUCCUCUCUGCAGCUGUGACACGCGUGCGCUUGCAGGAGGCCUUGAUCAAAGUUUGCUUCGUUAAAAUACCUUUUGUGCUUGUUCUGUUAGUGCCAGCGCAAUUCAAACACGGUGUAAAACUCGAGGACUUUGGCCAGGUGCCUGGAAAUGUAUUCUGCAAGAAUAGUCGGUGCGUUGCCGCGUUUCCUAUCCUUAGGCUGGUUUAAAGGUGAUAAUUGAAAAAUUAUCCAGAGGAGAGGAGGGAGGGGAAAGAUUGCUGAAUAUUUGUUAGCCCUGUGUCACCUUCUGCCGCAGAUCACUUGCGGGAGCUGCUCCAGAGCGUAAUGAGGAAUAUGCUGAGUAUUUUCUGCAGCGUCGUCUUAAUCUGCUGCUAACACACAAAAAUGCUUAUUUUUCUCCCAGCUACUUCUCUGAGACAGAUUUCUCAUUCGAAAACAAGUAAAUGGCAUUCCCGUUGAUUUCCUUCUGGCAUUUAUGAUUUUGAGAAGAACAGAUUUUGCCUGUUAUUUAUUGCCUAGGAUUUGGGGCCGUUCCCCUUUGCUGGAGGUAACGCAAGAGCUGCGAGCAGGGCGGGAUGGGGACGGUGCCUGACUGUCCUAAUCCAAAGCGCAGGAGGAUUUCGAUGUGACAAAAUGAGGAGAGGGGAGAGGAUGGACUCCCCAAGGGCUUUAAAAAAACCAUAAUAAAUAACUAUGUGGAUACUCUUAUUUCAGGGCUAAAACACAGAAAGGAGGCGCCCGGAGCAAAAAUGAAAGGAGCUGUAAACCAAACGCUGUACUCACACCAGCUUUUAGCUAAAGAAGGGCUUAUUCUCGAUUAAAGAGCCAAGCUUUUAGGGUAUCUAGCAUUUUAAAAUUGCUAACUCUUAACCCACUUCUAAAACUUUUAAUUCUGAAUAAGACCAAAAAAAAAAAAAAUGUUGCCAGGGAGCAACAUUAAUUCGUGUCUUUAUUUUGCAACAUCACGAGAGGCCGAGCGCGCCUGAGGUUGGAUAUAAUGCGAUCAGCUGUUUAACUCUGCACCUUGGGGGGGCUUAUUGCCCAAUUUAAUGUCUAUUUUCUCCCUUCUUCCCUGCUGUGGCCUUUGUUUGCUGGGUCUGGAUGGGACGCUGUCCCCGCUCCUCACCUUUGCUAAACCGCGUCUUCCGCGCUGCACAGAUCUCCUUUGAUAUCUCGGUCCGUUUGUCUGGUCACAGCUGCAGCUUGCUCCUUGUGCGGUUCUUAAGCUGCUUGACAGGAGAUAGAGAAGAGCAGCAGGCGCAUCCCAGCAGUUAAUUUUAAGAAUUCUGUGAAAAAAUACAUUUUUCAUCAAACCAGAAGUGAAGAAAAAAAAAAAAAAAGUGUUAUUUCCCUGAGUUUUAGCAGGCGCGCAAAAGCAGAAAUAAAAUCCGGUGUUUGCUGUCAGUGUUGGGAUUCGCUGAAGCAGCGUUCCUUUCAGUCCUGUUUUAGUUAAAUAUUACCAAACUGCUAAAAGUGCAGUAAUUAUUUAUUGAUGUGACUUUCCCAGAUGCUGAAGAUGUCGCGGGGGGUGGUUUGACUGUAAAUACAGAAGGAUUUUCAUGUGGAAAGAGAAACAGUCGAGGUAGAGGUGCAGGGAUCCCCCAGGCAGCUGCGAAAACCCAGUCGGGGUCCCAGAGCAAUCCUGAGACUUGGCUUGCUGUAUGUGGAACAGGAAUUUGGGCAGGAAAGUCAUUUAUUCCAACGUGGGUUUUUUUUUUUUUCCCUUUCCAGUUCUCUCUACAGGCUGUAGCAGUCCUUGUUUUGAUUUCUAGAGGAGCAACAUUUAAGGGGAAAAACCUGAACUACUGUUUGUUGUUGCUGAGAAUAUCCUCCACUGCCAGCAGCGGCGGGAUUCUGCAACGUCCUGUAAAAAAGUUGGAAAUUAUAACCAUUACACGCUAAUUCUGGCAGACGCUGUAGUUGUCCAGGUUUUAGUUUGAGUGCUCCGUUGGUCUGAGGAUUUUUCGGUCGAGAGCUGUGAAAUCGUGGACCAUUUUCUGCUAAAAUAUAUCAAAAAAUGUAAAGGAAACUGGAGAGGUGGAAGACCACGGUGUGCAGAACUGCGUAGGAUACGGCGCAACGAUGGGGGUUUGGCUCGCCGUGCAAACGUACGCGGCGCGGGAGGUGCUCUGUGUGAUGGUGUGUGUUUCCAGGUCUGAAAUCGGCGAGAAAAGGAGAAGGUGAACGUGAACGAAAGCGUCGGGUUGUUGCGAAGGCUGAUCUUUAAUUUCCAGGUGCGAUGUCUUUGCCGGGUGCUGCAGGGGAAGGUUUCGCGGGCGCGAAGCAGAGCCCUGGCUCCCCAGCAGGCUGAGCAAGGCAGGUUUUCUCUGGUGGGAUCAGGGAGCCUUCAAAUGGGCUCAUUUUUUAAAAAAAUCUGCUUUAAUGUCACCCUCUGAACUCUGUUCAGAGUUUUGACAGUGAAAAUCAGACAGGGAUUUGUCUUUGUCUUGUUAGAGUUUGUUUAAAAUCAAACAUCAGGCUCUGAAGAGGUUCAAGUAGAAAAUAAAAUAGGGAUGAAAUAUAUUUUGUCCUAACAGCGGGUCAGUUCGCGUGAUGCCCCGGGGAGGAGUUUUGAGGUGCUUGAUAGACACUCCCUAAAGCUCUGGUAGAAAGAAAAUAAUGCAAGUUUUUGGUUUAAAAUAUUUUUCAAGUCUUUAUCAGACAAGCUACACUUCUGUUUUCAGCCCGGAGUAAGUGGCUGGGCUGUAUGACGUGUUUGCUACUUACCUUCGAGAGUCAACGUUAGCUUUUGAGAAAGAUUAUUCUGGAAAAAAAUCUAUCGGUAGAAGAUAUUUAAAGCUUUUUCUUUCCCUGGUCCCUUAUUGUAGCUGCUAAACCGAGCCGCCCGGCCCGACGCAAUACAUCGGCCGCUCCAGAUGCAAUACAAUACGUUUAACAUCCUUUUUAGCAGCUGUGGACACGCGUGUCUCCAGGACGGAAAUCGGCGGCGUUCCCGUUUUACGCUUCUGGAGAGGCCCCGAGGCUGCUGUGUCGGCUUCUCGCGUUUUAGCCUUUACGUGGUUUGUUCUGUUCUCUCCCUGUUUUCUGGCUCGCUGCAACAGCACGUAUUUUAAUCUCCGGAAGUUGCAGCGUUCCCUGAAUCUGAAGAACUGCAGAGAAGGUCACGGCUGGGAACAGUUACUAAAAUUUUAAGUUUCAGCUCUAACCAAUUUGUCAUGCGGCAAUGAGCAGCGAUGUGCAAAGUCAGAGCCGAGCGUCCCGGCGCCGCCGCUCGCACGUCCCCGAUUUGAGCGUCGAUUCUCAAAUCCUCCUUUGGAUGAGUCAAAACAAAGCGACUUUCUCGAGUUUUCCCUUCUCUUCUCCCGUAGUCACUCAUGUCUUCGCUUGUUUCUAACUUAAUGCAUUGGCUAAAUACUAGUUUGCAGUUGCAAGAUGGUUUGUAUCGAGUCGUCGUUGAAAGAUUUAAGGGCAGGGCAGGGAAAAAUGUGGCGUGUGGUACAGGGAAAAUGCCUCUUUAGCAUCUUUGAAACUUCACCUUCACUCGAGUGAGACCCAAGCUUCGUUUGUGAUUUAUUUCUAAUAUCAGCUGUGUAACUCCAUCUUGCUGUCGCCCCUAGAAAUUGUUCAAAGGAGAGGGUUUGCGGUAUUGCAGCCGUCUGCUCUACAUCGCUGCCUGAACCAGGAUUUGGCCACCAUGCAGGUACCGGCACGGUCCCACCGGCACCGUCAGACGUUUCUCUUCACGUGUGGUAGUUCAGGAGUCCACAGUUGCCAGAGUAACCUUCUCCCCUAUUUAAUUUCUUCUAGUUUUCAGAGACCAUGUUGAGAUAGAUACAUAUAUAUAUAUAUAUAUAUGCUGAGACAGAGACUUGUUACACCCUACUGCGAGUACAGCUUUAAACUUCCAAAGUAAUAAACUCCUUAAAGCCAAGAGCCUUAACAACUCCGAACAUCUGCUGAGAGACAAAACACCAUUUCAAGUUUGCGCUGGAUAUUUGGGAAUUUUUCUGCUCGCUGGCGGGUGUCUCCCAUUUGCGAGGAGGCAGUGGCAGCAUCCAAAGAUGACAAGGACCUUGGCCACCCUCACCCAGUUACCCAGGAACAGGUAGACAGGCUCUCCCCCUCCCCUUGUGCUCUCAGGAAAGUCUCCUCUCUGCCCAGGGCUGGUGUGAUGGCUUUAUAUAUCGCAUUGCUCGGAAAAAUCUCCUUUCCGUGAAACAGUAUUUUUAACUUAGCAUAAAACGUCGUCUUUGCUGGCGGCGGGGGCUGGGUUCCUCCUUUCCCGGUCCUGCGGCGUGGAGAUGAAGGAGAAGGCAGGAGGCAGAGAUGCGGAUGAAGGGAAAGCUGGGUGUGUCGGGAAGGAGCUGGACGUGCCCCUGGAGCCGGGGGCUGGCGAGGCGACGGAGGUUUGGGCAGGUUUGCUCUGGGGCAGCUUCCCGCCGCCCUGCUCAGCUGAACGGGUCCACGGUCAGCCCGACGGCUGUCGGAUGCCUUCGUAAAUACGUCUUCCCUCCUGGGCUGUCGGUUUCGUUUCACAUUUUCACGUGAGGAAAUUCCAGCUGGUUUUUAAAACCCUGUACUAUAAGUCGAGGCGUUGCUGUCCGACCCCGGCCGGGCUGCGGGGCACGCGGGUGUGUUUAUACGGUAUUGCACCUACGCCUCGCCCUGUACAAGCGCCGCGGUACCCGAUUACAAACAGCCUGUCAGAAAUUAUUUUCAAAGUGAGAAACUCAAAUCAGGGUUGGCUUUGGAUUACUGGGAGCUGUCAGCCGGACAGCCGUGCGGGGCCGGGGGACCGGUGCGGACCCCCGACCAUCCCCUGCUUUCUUUAAAAGCCGCCUGCACAGUAUUUACCGAGACUUCAGCACUGCCUGGCCUUGCAUAAGCACACGUGGAGAUGGUCUAGAAAGUGUUGAGAACAUUAUCAAAAUGUUAUUGAAUCCUGAAUCGAAACAUUAAUUGAGAACAGUUUCCGGUUUAAAAAAAAAAAGAGGAAAAAAAGAAAAAAAAAAAAAAGCAAAUUAAACCAUUUUAAGGUCUCCAGGUUAGCUGGAAAUUGUUUCUUCAUGAUGUCUCUGUUUUCUUUCUCUCCCCACCCCAGGGAAGUCCGUGUUCCCGCUACCUUCUCCCCUCCCUUCUUGCAAAAAGAGAGAACCGGUCUGUUUACACACACCGCUGGGGGAAGCUGGCAGCUUCUGCCGGGGCUUUGCUGGGGGACGGGGCUUCCUCGCAGCGGCUUCACUGUAAAUAUUCCGCCUAUGCUUUGUUGACAAAACCCAAUUGGAAAAAUGUUGUAUCUGUGAAAUAUUUAAGCUAUAUAUGUAUAUAGAUAAGACACGUAUUAUCUCUGACGCGUUACUACGGCUCUGUAAUCAAUUGUAUAUUAAACUGUUUUACUGUAUGGCA